GAAUAAUUUAAAUCCAACAAGGAUAUGCGGCCUCGAAUCAAUUAUGCAAACUGACUUUUCUGCUUUGGCUUCUACCAGAAAUUUCUGGUCCUCUGAUGAGGGCCCAACAAGAUAUAAAGGUGCUGUGAAGAAAUGAUUCUAAAGGUUCCUUCCAUAUCAUUCAUCGACCCGCCAGUUUAGCAAACAAUCUGUACCACUCGCUUCAAUGGGGUGGCCUUUCUCAUCUGUUUCAUGGCUCAUCUUCUCAUUUCUUCAUCUGCUAACUUGCACUGCUGAAGACAGGAUCACCUUGGGCCAAUCCAUCGGUGCAAACCAGACGAUAACCUCUUCCAAUGAUCUCUUCGCAUUGGGCUUCUUCAGUCCACAUAAUUCUACCAAUCGCUACGUUGGGAUUUGGUACAACCAGAUUCCCAAUCAGACGGUCGUAUGGGUGGCCAACAAAGAAAAACCACUUACAGAUUCCAACGGAGUCCUUACAAUCACCGACGAUGGGAAUCUGGUGGUCAUGGAUGGGUACAGAAAGAUACUUUGGUCAUCCAAAGUUACCAUGGUCAUUGAAAAUAGUAUUAUGGCAGUACUCAUGGAUACUGGAAAUCUUAUUUUGAGACGAACUGAUCAGAUGGUCGUGUGGCAGAGCUUUGACAGCCCCCUUGGUUCAUUUCUCCCCGGCAUGAGAGUGUCUUUGAAUAAAAAAACUGGAGAAAACAUCCGUCUCUUGUCAUGGAAAGAUGAAAAUGACCCAGAUAUCGGGCGAUAUUCUUAUGGUAUUGAUCCUCGCACGCCUCGUCAGCUCAUCAUCUGGAAGGGGCCAGAUGUGUACAUGAGGAGUGCUGUAUGGCAAGAAGUCACGGUUUUCAGUAGGCUUGAGGGGGACCGCCAGUUUGUGGGCUAUACUGCCGUCGUCGGCAACAAUAAUGAAAUUUCUGUUCAGCUCACUAUCUCGGACAAUUCAAUCAUGUUAAGGUUCGUGUUGACCCCGACAGGGCUAUUUCAGAUGCAGGCAUGGCGAGAGAAUUCGAAGGAGUGGCAAAUUUUAAGUUCGUUUCCAACAAAUGAAUGUGAUUUGUAUGCUAAAUGUGGUCCAUUUGCAAGCUGUGAUAAUAGCAGCUCACCAUCAAUGUGCAAGUGUUUAAAAGGGUUCCAACCCAAAAUCCAGAGAGACUGGGAUUCAAGGAAUUGGUCUGGAGGUUGUGUGAGGCAAAAGCAAUUAAAUUGUGAGAAGGCAGAUGAAUUUUUGAAGGUGGAGAGGACGAAACUACCAGAUUUUUCAAUAUCAACAGCUGGAAAUGUUAGUAGAAGAGAGUGUGAACUGAUAUGUCUCAGGAACUGUUCUUGCAGUGCUUUUGCCUAUAAUAAUGCGAGCGACUGGGGAGACUGGAAAUGUGUGAUUUGGGUUGGGGAUUUGAUAGAUCUUGUGGGCAAUAGAGUGGGUACAGUCGAGCUCUACGUGCGUCGGGCAGUAGCCGAAUUGGGUAAAGACGGCCAGGUAAUCGGUUCAUCCAAGGCGAGAAGUUUGCUGGCCAUUCUGCUAUCAUCAGCUGCUGCAGCGAUGCUUCUUUUGGGCACUUCUGGUUACCUUUUGUGGAGGAGACGCAGGACAAAAGGGUGGAGAGAAACAAACAAGGCAUUUCCCAUGCACGGUUUUAUCAGUGCUGAAACGCAAUACGAGGGACAUAACAUGCUUCAAAGCGGGACAAAUAUCUCAGAGCUACCAUUGGUCGAUUUUGAUUGUAUAAUUGCAGCCACGGAUAACUUCUCUCCGGAAAAUAAGCUUGGAGUGGGUGGGUUUGGCUCCGUUUACAAGGGAAAUUUCUUGGCGCAAGAAGUAGCCGUGAAGAGACUUUCUAAAAGCUCAGGACAGGGCCUAGAGGAGUUCAAAAAUGAAGUAGAACUUAUUGCAAAGCUUCAACACAGGAAUCUUGUUAAACUUUUGGGUUGGUGUAUAUACGGCGAAGAAAAGAUAUUGAUCUACGAGUACAUGCCCAACAAUAGCCUAGAUAAAUAUCUAUUUGACCCAAGCAGACAACCACAUCUGGAUUGGGGUGUGCGCUUCCGCAUUGUUGAAGGGAUUGCUCAAGGGCUUCUUUAUCUUCAUCGAUAUUCGAGAUUACGAGUCAUUCAUAGAGAUCUGAAGGCAAGCAACAUUCUAUUAGAUGGUGAAAUGAACCCUAAAAUAUCAGACUUUGGUUUGGCAAGGAUCUUCGGUGGAAAUCAAACUCGAGGAAACACUGGUAGAGUUGUGGGGACAUUGGGCUAUAUGUCACCGGAGUAUGCAGUACAGGGUGUUUUCUCAGAGAAAUCCGAUGUAUUUAGCUUCGGAGUUUUAUUGUUAGAAAUCAUUAGUGGGAAACGAAGCAGUGGAUUUUGGCCUCAUGAACAGUGGUCCAAUCUUCUAGGAUGUGCAUGGCAACUGUGGAAUGAAGAAAGGGGAUUGGAGCUGAUGGAUCGAUUGAUGAGUGACUCGCAUGUGGCCCACGAAGUGGACAGAUGCAUCCAUGUGGGGCUGUUGUGUGUCCAGGAGAAUCCAACUGAUCGGCCAACCAUGCCUUCUGUUGUUCUCAUGUUAGGCAAUGAAAGUGCAAGACCACCAUCACCAAAGCGACCUGCAUUUUCAACAUGGAAGAGUCCCACAGCUGCUGAUCCAUCUUUGGAUAACUCUGUAAACCAGGUGACAAUUAGCACCAUAGAACCCAGGACAUAGUUCUUGCUACUCGCAAAGGAAGAUCAGAGGCCGUCUGUUUGUUGGUAGAAUGAGGUUUGGAUCUUUCAUUUCAUAUGUAAAUUACAUUUGAGCCUAUAUAACUUUAGCACCAUUUUCUA